AUGCUCAAAACAGUGAGAAACUAUUUCAUGUUAAGUUUUAAAAGGAAUUAUCGACAUUAUUCAAGAAAGAAAAAUAUAAACAACAUAAAUCGAAAAAUAAACGACCCAUAUAGUGAUCUGUACAAAAUGAAUUUUUAUGGAAAUAACUUCAAAAGACUCCCAAAUAAGAAAACCAGAUCAAAUGAAUAUGAAAUGAUUAGAACAUCCAACAAUACCUUUUCCUAUUCUUCACCUUAUCCUCCUAAUAUUAAUCACACCUUAAAACCAUAUCCUGAUUCGGCUAAGGAUUUCUAUUAUGAAAACAGAAAAUACGUAAUGAAAUACAAAAAUGUGGAGUACAUACCUAUUAAGAGAAUGGUGUAUAGGGGGGCUUCCAAAAGAAAAAAUUGGGAAACAUACUACGUGCGGGUUGAAAAAUGA